UACAGGAAAUAGUGUCAUUAAUGGAGAUUAAUUCAUUAAUCUCUACUUUUUUAGAUUUUUCUUAUUUUGGAAAUAAUUUUGAAAUUUGAAUCAUUGCAGGGGCAAAACAACAGAGUGAUGCAUAGGAUGGAUAUCUUAUGGCCUCUUGUGCAAAUAUUGCAAUCCAAGGCCACAGGCUAGUCAAAGUGAGUUGACACAUCUUGGAGACUACCAUAUUGGCUCCUGUAUAAUAUGUUGCAAGUGAUUAGUGAUUUUUCUUUGGAACUAUGGUUUCUGCAUCAAUAAUCCCCAGUUCCCAUGGAAAAAGUAAUUAAGAAUGGGGAUAGAAAGUGAUAAGUGAAACUAAAUACAUGCUGUGUCAAGGGUGUUUUGUUCUUUCUUGAUAGUGUGCUUGAAGAUGUAGUCUAUUAUUUUCUCUUCUUUUCCAAAGUUUCACUGGACAUGGUUCAUCUGUUCUAAAGUUUGACAAUUGAAAUUUCAUGGUUGUGCCUUUUUGCCCUUGCUUUUUCUGUGUU